GUUAAUUUCAUUAUUUCAAUGUAAAAAUUCAUAUUGAAAAAAAAUAAUUUAAUUUAAUGAUGUUUAUAUAAAAAUAUGUUAAUCUAAUAUUUUUAAUGGAGAAAAUGGGUGACAAAUUGGAAAAUAUUAAUCCCAAAUUAUAUAAAAAAAUAGAUGAAAGGCAAAUUACUGCAGAAGAUGAAGAUGAAGAUAUUGUAGAUGAAUUUGAUGCACGAGAAAUUUUUGAUAUGAUUAGAAAUAUUAAUGAUCCUGAACAUCCUUUAACUUUAGAAGAAUUAAAUGUGGUAGAACAAAGUCUUAUUGAGAUUGAUAAUAAAGCAAACAUAGUUCACGUAAAAUUUACUCCAACAAUACCACAUUGUAGUAUGGCAACAUUAAUUGGUUUAUCUAUUAGAGUACAAUUAUUGAGAGUUUUACCCUCAAGAUUUAAAGUUAGUGUUGAAAUUACUCCAGGUACUCAUAUAUCAGAGACAGCAGUAAAUAAACAAUUGGCUGAUAAAGAAAGAGUAGCAGCUGCUCUUGAAAAUAAUCAUCUACUUGAAGUAAUUAAUCAAUGUGUUGAUAUAAAAUUUUAAUAUUAUGAAAUCUAUAAAUUUAUUUAUAGAUUUAAAAGAUAUUAUAUAAUUCAUUAUUUUUUUAUUUAUUGAAUUAAGUUUUGAAUUAUUACAAUUAGAUCUAUAACUAAUUAAAUAAAGAAAUAUUAUGUACAAGAUUUCGUACAUAAAAUAUUAUUUUUUCAUUGCUGACAUUG